CCCGAUAAUUGCCCGUACUGGCUUCUUGGCUGUUGGGCCUCUAGUCGUAACCGAGCGCGAACCAGGCGCCACCCAAAUGCUUUGCGCGGACGCUGAGAGCCGGGGGGGAAGGAAAUUGCUUAUAUACCAAGACUCCCCUCGUAUGCUGCGUCGCUUGGCAAGGCUUGACCAUUUGCUCCCCGUUGCGUGAUUGCUUUGUCUCGUUCUCGUGGCACCUGGGGUGACAGUUCUUCGCCAUGGUGGUCAGUCAGUCAGUCGUUGGUCGUACCAACGCCGAGAAGCCUCAUGGCUUGGCGGGUAUGCUCAAGAAUCCCUAUGUUUUUGGAACCUGUGCGUUUGCCUCUCUUGGCUGUAUCAUGUACGGCUAUGAUCAGGGUGUCAUGAGUCCUGUUCUGGUUAUGGAAAACUUUGAGAACCAUUUCCCGUACUUUAUGGGCUCUACCAUUCAGGGAUGGCUGGUUUCUGCUUUGGAAUUGGGUGCGUGGGCUGGUGCGCUGUUCAACGGUUACCUUGCGGAUCGGAUUUCUCGAAAGUACUCGAUGAUGGUGGCUGUCGUGGUUUUCACGCUGGGAUCUGGACUGCAAGCUGGUGCCCAGAAGCCGUCGUAUUUCUUUGCUGGUCGUAUCAUCGGUGGUAUUGGUAUUGGAAUGUUCAGUCAGGUUAUUCCUCUGUAUCAGGCAGAAAUCGCGCCUCCCGAGUUGAGAGGUUCCCUCGUGUCUCUGCAGCAGCUGUCGAUCACGAUCGGCACGUCGAUCGCGUUCUGGCUGGACUAUGGUAUGCAAUACGUUGGCGGUACCACCUGCAAUCCUGAAGGCAUCGAUAACCCAUACCUCGCCGAUGGCACGUACAAUGCGGCGCAAAACCACGGACACACAUGUCUCGGACAGAAGACCAUCGCAUGGCGUCUGCCCCUGGCCCUGCAGAUCUUGUUCGCCUGGAUCCUGUUCUUCGGAAUGUUCUUCUUCCCCUUCUCCCCGCGGUGGCUGAUGUCCAAGCACCGCGAAGAAGAAGCCACUGCCGCACUGUCCAAGCUUAGAAGACUGCCCCCAACGGACCCACUCCUGCGCGCCGAGAUCCUCGAGAUCAAAGCCGCCGUGCUCUUCGACGAGGAAUCCGAGGCGGAAGCCGUCCGAGUGGGUGGCAAGCUUGCCCCGUGGAAGGCACUUUUCGCCCCGAACAUGUUCAAGCGUUUGGUACUGGGCUGCGGAGCCAUGAUCUGCCAACAAUUCACGGGAAUCAACGCAGUGUUAUACUACGCCCCGCAGAUCUUUGCCUCUUUCGGUUUCUCCUCUACAAAGCAGACCCUCCUCGCCACCGGUGUCACCGGUAUUCUCCAGAUUAUCUUCACGCUGCCUGCUGUGCUGUUGCUUGACAAAUUCGGUCGCAAGACCUUCCUCAUCACCGGUGCCAUCGGCAUGUUCCUCUGCCACAUUGUCGUCGCCAUCGUGGAGGGUCUGUACGAAGAUGACUGGAACAAGAAUAUGGGAUUGGAUAAGCCUCAGGGCUGGGUGGCGAUCACAUUUAUCUGGCUCUUUGCUGUCAACUUUGCCUACUCUUGGGGUCCGGUAACAUGGGUCCUCGCCCAAGAGAUCUUCCCCAACAGUGCUCGCUCUCGCGGUGUGUCCAUCGUGGCCUCCACCAACUGGAUGUUCAACUUUGUGAUCGGUCUCACCACCAAGGACAUGCUGAACUCCAUGAAGUACGGCACGUACAUCUUCUUUGCUAUCUUCAGUGCCCUGGGUGGACUGUUCAUUUGGAAGUUCGCCCCCGAGACCAAGGAUAAGACCCUCGAGGAGCUGGAUAUCUUCUUUGGCGGUGGCAUGGACAGUAUUGCCGAGGCGGAUCGCUUGCGCAUGCAGCGGAUCAAUGAGCGCUUGGGAUUGGCGGGUGUGCAGGAGAUCGGAGAUUUGGAUUUGGUGGGCGAGAAGGGGGAGGUUAGAGGGGAGGUGCAAGUUGUGGAGAUGUAAGUGAGGACUUUGGUCCUUGUUGUCGUAGGGGAGGGGUAGGGAGUGUGGUAGGUGGUAAUGUGAGAGAGAGUUAGUGGUGUGAGUAUGGACUUGUGGUAAUGGGCUUUUAGCUGAUAGUAUGAUGAUCUACCACGGUAGUAAUAAUUGAUUGCUUAUACGCAAACA